AUGAGAAGUUUCAGAUUUAUACGGCUAAUUGAUGAAGAGAAAGAAAAUGAUGUUUUCCGUGUGCCGUUGGAUCAGAAUUUCCAAUUAUCCAUGGAAACGUUCAAAUCAUUCUUUCCAAAUACGCAGGUCGAUCAUUCCGACGACCGGAUCCGUUGGAAUCUGAGCCGGUUUCGGCAUAAUUCCAGUCGAAUUCAGCAGGUUUCGGUCGGAUUCGGCGAGUUCCUUGGCGGCGGAUUCCGGAAGUGGCCAGAAAAUAAUCGGAAACUAUGUUUGAAAUUCCGACCGGAAUCCAGCGCCAAGGAAAUCAUCGGAAAGAGUGGCAUAUUUUACCGAUACCAGAAUUCGAAUGAAAAAUAUGUAGUUCCAAUCAGCGACCAGAAUAAAUUUCUUAUUGACCAAAAUGAUUAUGAACUUGAUCUUUUGUACAUCGCUUAUCGUUCAAAUCGACCAGUUGCGAUUCAAGUGCAACCACCAAAUCGAGAUUCACCGUCAUCAACAGUUCGGCCAACACGCAGUUUUUGGGAUUAUUUAAAACUUGUUGUUUGUAAUUAA